UAAAACCAGUACUGCAGAAGGCUACCAUGUUCAUAUUAGUCAAAAUUGUGUUGGUUUCAACUUUGUUUAUUUCACUACCCUUUGGGAGCCAUGAGAAACAAAAUUUAGGAGCAAAUACAACCCGAAGUAUUGCAGACAUUUUGGAAACAAUGGAAACAAAAUCAUAUUCUUUGAAAGGAAAAGUAAAUGCAACUUCAGAGAAUGAAAACAGAAAUAAUUUUGAUCCCAAGGCAGGUAAUGAUUCCCCCUCGAAACUAUUCACAGCCAAUGAAACAACAAAUGCUACCAGUAACUCCUCAGUAAACAACUUUACCGUGGGUCCAGGAACUCCACCUACAUUUUCUGCAAGCUCUUCCUUGAUUCAUGGCUUUGCUACUAAGUUGCCUUUGAACUCAUCUAUAUCAAGUAAACAUCUUUUGUCAACCUCAGCACAGAUGAAUUCUACAGAUACUGUAUCAUCAGGAAACUUCAAUUGGUCUCUGAACAAUUUCACAAUGAAAACUCCUGACAAUAUUUCUGCCACAGUUGGCGUACUAUCCUCAACACCAGCUACUAAUUCUGUGACCCCCUUGACAACAGAACCAACCAGAUGGCUUACCACAAGCAAUUACACCUUCUCCGGUUUUACUCCCUAUCAAGAAAAUACAACGCUACAGCCCACGUUAAAAUUCACCAAUAAUUCAAAACUCUUUCCAAACACAUCAGACCCCCAAAAAGAGAAUAAAAACACAGGAAUAGUAUUUGGAGCCAUUUUAGGGGCUAUUCUUUGUGCUUCAUUGCUUACUCUUGUUGGCUAUUUGUUAUGUGGAAAAAGGAAAACAGACUCAUUUUCCCAUCAGCGGCUUUAUGAGGAUAGAAAUGAACCAGUGCUGCGAUUAGACAACUCGCCAGAACCUUAUGAUGUGAGCUUUGGAAAUUCUAGUUACUACACCUCAUCUGUGAAUGGUGCACCACUGUCAGAAACCCGAGAAAAUGCACACGAUGGCAUUCCUAUGGAUGACAUCCCUCCAGUUCGUACCUCAGUAUGACACUAAGGUCAGAAGUACUGCAGAGGCAAGUGUUUACCCACACCCUGGCAUUGAGCAAACUCUUCUUCCAGGACAACCACUGUCAUGGACAAAGGCAAGGAGAUCUGCAAAAGCAUGAGACUAAUCUUGGAAAACAAAGGAACUAGAUCGUCAAAAAGUUUUCCUUUCUUACAACUUCUGGCUGAGAAAAAGCACCUAUGACCUAACCAUAUUUUCUAACUUGGCUUAUUUUUGUCUUAGUAGAAUAACUUUGUGGAAUCAAGUAUGGCUAAGAAAGACAUCACAUGUUAUCACUGCCUGAUAAGUUCAGAAUUAAAAUCUUCAACAACUGGGAACUCAAAUUAUAUUUUCACAUUUUUUCCCCUAACAUAACCCAAUGCAUUGAAUCUUUAACUGAUUUGCCUGUAGUUCUAGGUCCACCAAACAAGAUUAACAUUUGCUUGAGGAAAAUUUAAUAAU